AUGGAGUUGGACAGAAUUAGCAACUUACCAAGUGAUGUUCUAGCAAAACUUCUGUCACAUUUGUGGGUUAGAGAGGCAGUGAGGACAAGUGUUUUAUCAAGCAAGUGGAGAUACAGAUCGGCUAUGCUUCCUCAUCUUGUGUUUGAUGAUCAGUGCGUCUCAUCACUACAGCAUAUAAGCUUUGUGAACAGUGUUGACCAUGUUCUCCUAGGUCACAUUGCCCCAAUUCACAAGUUUAAGCUUUCUUCUCUAGGUUGA